AUGUCAUCUAUUGAAAAUACACCGUUGGACGAAUUACAGUGGAAAUCACCCGAAUGGGUGAAUGCGUUUGGUUUAAGAACAGAUAAUGUACUUGAAUACUUUGCACAGUCUCCAUUUUUUGAUCGAACGUCGAAUAACCAAGUUUUGAAAAUGCAGCACCAGUUUUCAGAUGCAAAUUACACGGUUAAUCCAUACGAAAUGAUAUUGAAAGACCUUAAAAAGAUGAAAGGAGUUGAGUUUGUGAUAGCGAUGGUUCGAGAACCGGACUUUUGGGUGAUCAGGAAGCAGCAUCGGCAUUCGGAGACCGAAACACAGACAAUAGCGGACUUUUACAUCAUUGGAUCCAGUGUUUAUAUGGCCCCUUCGAUAAAAGCGAUACUAUCAAGCAGGCUUUUAAGCACAACAUUGAAUCUUCGUAAUGCCAUGCGAUCAUUGCAAGGGCUACCGCAGUUUUCACCUUCUAAAGGCCACUAUUACGAGUUUUCAACUCUUUAUGAAAAGGAAGGAGAAGACAAACAUCCUGACAAAAAAGAGCAAUUAACUGAAAAACAGAAUGAAACUGAGGAAGAGUCAAGCUUCCAACUUCCCAGCACUUCGUCUAGUGCUUUCAACAAUCUUUUGAAUCUCUCCUUACAGAAAACAUCCGUGUUCCUCGAUGAAAUUCCGGAAAAAUGUGUUUCGGACGGAAAAGGUCCAACCAGCACAGAUAUGACACCACAAGGUUCGCAAAUCCAAGGCAAAAUGAAUUAA